ACUGUGACCCUGCAGCCAUCCUGGACUCAGAUAUACAGCGGUGAGACAGUCACUGUCAGAUGUGAGAUUCAGGGAGGUGAAGGAGCUCAGUGGACGUAUGAAUGGAGAGCAGCCAAGUUAAACACACCUCCAACAUCCAAUGAAUACAGAAUCAUCAGAGCUACUGAGUCUGACAGUGGAGGAUACAGCUGCCGGGGCAGAAGGGACUAUUUCUUCACAGAGUGGAGUGAUAUCAUCACACUGACUGUAUCAUAUAAACCCCGUCCUGUCCUCACUGUGUCUCCAUCAUGGCUGAGUCCUGGAGCCUCAGUAACUCUGAACUGUGAGGUUGAACAUCCGUCUGCAGGAUGGAGCUUCUACUGGUAUAAAGCUGUUCCUGAUCUAUCAGAGAAAUCCUCCAGUUAUGAGCUGCUACCUGAUGGCAGUGGGACUGCACAGGACUCCUACAUCAUUCAUGGACAGACACACACAGCAGGAUAUGUGUGCAGAGCUGGAAGAGGAGACCCAGAGUAUCACACUGAUCACAGUCAAUCAGAGUUUGUCUGGUCUGCAGAUGUUCAUUCAGCAGCGUCUCUCACAGUGAGUCCUGACAGAGUGCAACACUUCACCUCUGACUCUGUCUCACUGACCUGUGAGGGAAACUUCACUGAGUGGAGAGUGAGGAAGUUCUCUGAGGACGGCCGACUGUACUCUGACUGUAGGAGAAUGACUGGAUCCACAUGUAACAUCAACACAUCAAAGUCAGAUACUGCAGUGUACUGGUGUGAGUCUGGAUCAGGAGAGUUCAGCAGUGCAGUCAACAUCACUGUACAGAAUGAUGGUAAUGAUCCUAUCCUGGUGAGUCCUGUUCAUCCUGUGACUGAGGGAGCUUCUGUUAGUCUGAGCUGCAAUUUGAGAACACAAAAAAUACUUUCCAAUGUGUUUUUCUAUCACAAUGACAAACUUAUUCAAAAUGAUACCCGAGGGGAGCUGAAGAUCUCUGCAGUGUCAAAGUCUGAUGAAGGUUCCUACAAGUGUCUGUACUCAGGAAGAGAGUCAGCACAGAGCUGGAUGUCAGUUAAAGUAAUUGUGUCAGGAGCUGACAGCUCUUCAUCUCCUGUGUGGUUGAUUGUUGGACUGGUUUGUGGAGUCUCUCUCAUUAUUAUUCUCCUGCUCUUGUUGUAUCGCUGCAGAAGAACCAACAGUGCUGCUAACGAGCAGACGCUCAAUCAGGAUGAAGAUCAGCAGCAAGUGUACUCCUCUCUUCUUCAUGGUGAUCGUUGUGUCUAUGAGACAGUCAGAAGAUGUGAAAACACUGAAAAUGGUCCAGCAGAAGGUGAUUACACCAAUGUCACAUCUGUGAUUCAGCUCAAAGUCAUUAACAAGACAAGGCAACGUGGUGACCCAGAGGAGAGCUCUGACUACAAUGAUGUCAAUCCAAAUUCAGCCACAGCUCUAAAAUCUUAACAGCAGCUCUUUAGCUGUUUUUCUCUUUUUCCUUGUAACGUCUCUUUGAACUUGAAGUGACUUUGAUUGAAAAGGUGAAGAUUUUGAAUUCAAAGCAAUGAUCCUGACAG